CAUCAUCAUCAUCAUCAUCAUCAUCAUCAUCAUCAUCAUCACAUCGAGAAAUGUGUUUCAUAGACGCGGCCAAUCUUUCAUAAACAAUACUGUCCUGGGCAGGAAAUAUCAUCUCGACUACCCACUAGCAUUUCCGCCAUCUUAUCAUCAAAGAAACGCGCUGCUCUCGCUGUCCCUCCACAAUGUCACCAGUUGGAUCCGGCCAACACGUUCUGCUCACCGGAGCCAACGGCUUCGUCGCCUCGCACAUCCUCUCCAUUCUUAUUGAGCGCGGCUAUGCGAUCACCGCCACGGUGCGGUCCCAGAAGAAGGCCGACGACAUCCUCCAAACCCACCCUGAAUGGAAAGGGAAAGUGGACUUCAUCGUUGUCGCCGAUUUCACUUCGGAGCAGCCCUUCGAUGAUCUAUUCCAACGCGUCAAGACGCCGCUGAACUAUGUAAUCCAUACGGCGUCACCGUUGCGAUUCCAGGUAGAUGACAUUCAGAAGGAGAUGAUUGAGCCGGCGGAGAAGGGGACCACCGAGAUCCUGAAAGCCGCCAGUAGAUACGGCGGGAGCUCUUUGAAACGGUUCGUCCUGCUGGGUAGUGCCGUUUCCGUCCUCAAUUCGUUUGAAGAUCUAUCCAAGGAGGAGAAGCCAUAUACCGAGAAGGAUUGGAACCCGGUCACCGCCGAACAAGCCAUUGAGCGCAACGACCCCGUGCUGGGAUACAACGUCUCCAAGACGCGGGCCGAAGCAGCCGCGUGGGGGUUUGUGACGAAGGAGUCGCCGCAGUUUGACCUGGUGGUCAUCAACCCGGACGUGAUCACGGGCCCAAUGCUGCAUCCCAUCUCCGGGCCCCAAUCGGUCAACGAAACCAAUCAGUUCGCCAUCAAGAGUUUCAUCGACGGGACCCACCUGCAAAUUGAAGGGGUGACGUUCCCAUUCUAUCAUUCUGUGGAUGUUCGCGACGUCGCGCAGAGCCAUGUGGAUGCGCUGACAAACCCGGCAGCGGCGGGCCAGCGGAUCCUGCUCAUCUCCGGCCUCCUCAGCCCGCAGUUAGUUGUCAAUAUCAUCCGGAAGAACUUCCCCGCCCUCAGUGAUCGAGUCCCCGCGGGGGACCCCUCGCAGACCUUGCCCCCUGGGGUUCACCCCACCGGGUGGGAUAUGACGGUCAGUCUGGAUAUUCUGUCCAAGGGCUCGCCGCAGGGGAGAUGGAACUAUAUCGACCUCGAGACGAGUGUGACGGACACGGUUAAGUCGAUGCUGGAGCAUAAGGUCCUUUGAGUACGCUGCUCGUGCUCUUCGUACUGUAGCUGAUUAUCUUAACCUAUAUGUGACGGAGAACAAAUAAGGUGCGGAAUAAAAGUCCUGAUCCACUGCUUCGCUGCAUCCAUUCUUUUUUAUGAUCCCGGACUCAGGAUUCUGUCGUCACGCCUUAGAGUAGAAGAAGGUAGUCUGUACCCCCUCCUGUGUUAUUAGGCUAAGAACAC